GUAUGUGUGUGUGUGUGUGUGUGUGUGUGUGUGUGUGUGUGUGUGUCUGAGAAAUGAGAGAGAAAGACAGAGAGAGAAAGACAGAGAGAGAGAGAGAGAGAGAGGGAGAGGGAGGGAGGGAGGGAGGAGGGCACUGAGCUGAGAGAAAUCUGUCAGAUUCAAACACACUGCUCUGUGUGUAUGUGUGUGUGAUAGAGAGAACGAGAGAUGAAGAGAGUAGGAGAGCUGAAGAACAGAUAGAAAGAGACAGCAGAGGACCACAAAGUGAGGCCGCUUCACCCAAUGGAUCUGCAUUCAUGUCAGAAACCUACGGGAUUCCAUGAACACAUCGACCCGACUGACAUCCCCGCAGAGCGCAGCCGAUCCACACUGAUGCGGUUGCUCUGCACGCAGCUGUAGAGCAGCGAGGCCAAGGGGUCAGGGGUGAAAGGUCACAGACUACAGAGCCGGAGCGGGCACCGAGGUUGUAAGGUUUCACGAGGGAGGGACUGAAAGGCUACGAGAAGGCCCCGGGUUGAGGAAGGAAGGUCUCAGUGACAGACAAGAGUCGAGGGGUCAAAGAUGAUGACAUCACAUGUAAAGCUGAGGAGGGAGAAGGGGAGUCUGGCCGAGUAUGAAUCGCAGAUGAAAGACCUGCGGGCCCAGCUGACAGACCAGAUCAAGAUUCUAGACUCUCAGGUGGAGGUGAAACAGCAGCAGCUCUCCGACCUCUCAGAGUUUCUCCGGCGCCGAGGCGACAUCGAGGCUGAAUACGCACGUGCCCUCGACAAACUCACCGAGCGAUUCACCCACAAGACUAAGAAGAAGGAGCAGUGGGGUCAGUCAGUGUGUCAAGUCUGGUCUGUUCUGCUGACUCAGACUCGUCUGGAGAGCCGGGAACAUGCAGCGCUGGGUGACACAUGCUGCAACACACUCACACAGGGGUUGGCCCACAGUACGGAAGAUACACACCGUCUGCACAAACGGAGCAAAGAAGUUGGCAUCCAGAUGCAGGAUGAGUUGCUAAAGGUCACCACUGAAAUGCAGACGGCUAUGAAGACAUAUAACCAGUACCACACAGACUGUCUGAUAGCUGAGGGGAAACUGAAGGAGGCCGAGCGGUUGGAGGAGAGACAAACCGGAAAGUCAGCUGAGCUCGGCCUCGGCCAAUCAGGAGGGCAGAGACGGAGCUCCGUCAAGAAGAUGGAGAGAUUAAUGGAAAAAAGGCACGGCAGAGUGCAGGAGAACCAGCUGAAGUGUACCAAGGCUCGUAAUGACUACCUGCUGAAUCUAGCAGCAGCCAACGCAGCCAUGAACAAGUACUACCUGCAGGACAUCAGCACUCUCAUCGACUGCUGUGACCUGGGCUUCCAUCUGUCCGUGGAGAGGGUGAUGAAGUGCUACCUGGCUAGUAGGUGGCGCAUCCAGAAGACAGAGGAGACCGGUCUCAAGCAGCUGGAGGCUGCCGUGACGUCCCUGGACCAGGGUGGAGACAGAGAUGCGUUGCUGCAGCAACACGAUGCCGCUUUCUGCCUUCCUUUCAAAUUUAACUACCAUCCACAUGAGGGAGACCAGGUGUGUGAGGUGAGUGCGGAGAGCCAGGUGAGGUACGAGCUGGAGACCAGGUUCCAGCAGCUUCAGUCUCGGCUUGCUGCCGUUACCUUGGAAACAGAGGAGGUCAGUAAAACGCUUAAAGCAACACUCACAGCCCUGCUGGACAACAUGGGUGACAGCGACUGUAACCCCUCCCCCGACGUGCUCAGCAGCCUAUCAAAUGAGCCCCCUGGAGGAAACACUGCCCAAAAACUUGCAAUUGCCAAGCGUCGAGCCAAUCAGCAGGAGACAGAGACCUACUAUUUUACAAAAGUGAAGGACUUCCUCAUCAGCAGUUCUCUGAGCGUCAAACUUCAAGCCAAACAUGACCUUCUACAAGAUGCCAUACAGAAAGCGGAGGCUGUCGACAGUGACCCUUCCAGAAGAAGAAGGAGAAUGUCUCGGACACAGAGCUCUGGGCAGCAGAUUCCUGUGGUGGUUGAAAGCUGCAUCCGUUUCAUUAACCUUCACGGCCUCCACCAUGAAGGGAUAUUCAGAGUUCCCGGGUCACAGAGGGAGGUUAACCACAUCAGAGAUGCAUUUGAGCGAGGAGAGGAUCCGCUGUCAGACAGCGAGUGUGACCUGGACUCUGUGGCCGGUGUGUUGAAGCUUUACUUCAGGGGCCUUGAGCCUCCUCUCUUCCCUUACGACAGCUACUCUCAGCUGUUGGAGUGUGGCCAAAUCGAGGGGGUGACAGAGAAAGCUCUCCAGAUUAAAGCGAUUGUCUCCACCUUCCCACGGCCUCUCCUCAUCGUGAUGCGCUACCUUUUCGCUUUCCUCAAUCAUGUGUCCCAGUACAGCGAUGAGAACAUGAUGCUGCCCUACAACCUGGCAGUUUGCUUCGGUCCGAGCCUGCUGAGGGGUUUGGAUUCUGAUGAUGCUGUUGCUAGGCAACCACAGGUCAAUGAUCUUGUCAAAACCAUGAUCCUCCAAUAUGACAUCAUCUUCCCCAGCCAAUCAGAACUGCCGGGCCCCGUCUACGAGAAGCACAUGACUCUGGAGCAGGAGUACUGUGAACCAAUCACAGAGGAGGGAGACGGAGAGACUGAGCCACUGCCCAGUGAGGACGAGUGGGAGGCAGUGGCCAUGUUUGACUACGUGGCGAGAUCUCCAGCAGAGCUGUCCUUCAAGCAGGGAGAGCUUCUCAUCGUUUACAGCAAGGCCUCCUGUGAUUGGUGGAGAGGCGAAGCGGGAGGGGUUAAGGGUCUCAUCCCUCACAAGUACAUCAACUUGUUGGAUGGAUCAGAGCGAGGGAAAAGAGAGGAUGGAGGAGGAGGAGGAGGAGGAGGAGGAGGAGGCAGCACUGGAAACCUGACAGCAGAAGAUCCACAGACAGAAAACACAACUCGGAUGCGGGUGAACAGCGACAGUGCUUCGUUGCCUGGGAGACAGAGAGGAAGUGAGGGUAGCCCCAAUCGAAAGCAGCCAACAUCUCCAGCAACACGACACCUGCCAGUGUCUCAGGAGCGAAGACACACUUUGGACACUGUGAGACAGGGCAGCUUCAAAGCCCCAGACAGACUUCCAUUCGGUCAGGCAGACAGACCAGCAGUCGACAAGGACAUGAUCAGCCGUCAGAUGAACUCGGUGUUCAAGGAGCUCCUGUCUCGCCAGCCGGCCGUGCCGCCGUCCACCCUCGCCGCCCCUGCUCCCUCUUCCUCCUCUUCCUCUCUUCCUCAAGCUGCCCCCACUGCCAAAAAAGUAGGAUUCAGCCUCAGAGGACGGGCCCUUUUCAGACCGGUGGACUGAGUGGGAGAAGAGGACGCGUGGGGAUCAUUGAUUCAUUGUUUAACGAUGAAGAUAAUGCUGAUGCCCAUGAUGCAUUUGGUGAAGAUCUUGAUUUAUUUGUUUGACACAUGUAUAAUAUUUGCGUCUCUGCCAUCUCAUAGUGCCACUAGUCUCAGUGCCGUGUUACUGUACGUCCAGUGUGUCUGUUUUCCAGCUGGUUUUUGGUCUUUUUUAUGUUCUGGUCGGUUUUUGUUCUCCAGGCUUUUGUAAUUUUCUGGGGAAUCAGGGAUGUGACAUCACCAGACGGACUUGUUAAAGUGGUUGCCAUGAUACUUAAAACAACAACAUACUUAAGCUGCCCCCCAGUGGCAGGUCUAAGAUCUUUUAGUGUUUGCUUCAUUUCAAAUGAACAAAAACUGAUCCGCGGCCUGAGUGCCUUCACAACAUUUGCUCUUCACAAGUAUUUCACU